CUCUCUCUCUCUCUCUCUGCCUCGGCCAGUUCCCGAGGGCCGCCCGAGGCGUCUGCCAUGGAAAGGCGGCUGCUGGCACUGUUGCUGGUCCAGCUGCUGAGGGCGGGGUGUGCGUCGGCCCAGGUGGAAUCCUGCCCCUUCCACUGCGUCUGCCAGAACCUCUCCGACUCGCUCAGCACCCUCUGCGCCAACAAAGGCCUGCUCUUCAUCCCACCCAACAUUGACCGCCGGACGGUGGAGCUCCGCCUGGCCGACAACUUCAUCCAGGUGGUGGAGCCCCCGGACUUCCUCAACAUGACCGGGCUGGUGGACCUCACCCUCUCGCGCAACACCAUCGACACGAUCCGCCCGUUCGCCUUCGGGGACCUGGAGGGACUACGCUCCCUCCACCUGGACAGCAACCGGCUGACGGAGAUCCAGGAGGAGGCGCUGAGGGGCCUCCUGAACCUCCAGCACCUCAUCCUGAACAACAACCAGCUGGUGGACAUCUCGGCGGCCGCCUUCGACGACUUCCUGCUGACCCUGGAGGACCUGGACCUCUCCUACAACAACCUCCGCCGCGUCCCCUGGGAGGGGAUCCGGGGGAUGGCCUACCUCCACACCCUCAACCUGGACCACAACCUCAUCGACUUCGUCCUGGAGGGGGCCUUUGGGGAGCUCUACAAGCUCUCCCGCCUGGACAUGACCUCCAACCGCCUCCACACGCUGCCCCCGGACCCCCUCUUCGCCCGCUCCCAGGUGGGGGUCGUCAGCCCCACCCCCUACACCCCCACCAUCGUGCUCAGCUUCGGCGGCAACCCCCUGCACUGCAACUGCGAGCUGCUCUGGCUGCGCCGGCUGGCCCGCCUGGACGACCUCGAGACCUGCGCCUCCCCGGCCCCGGUGGCCGGCCGCUACUUCUGGUCGGUGCCUGAGGAGGAGUUCACCUGCGAGCCGCCCCUCAUCACCCGCCACACCCACACGCUGUGGGUGCUGGAGGGCCAGCGGGCCACCCUGAGGUGCCGGGCCAUCGGGGACCCCGAGCCCGUCAUCCACUGGGUCUCCCCCGACGACAAGAUCGUCGCCAACUCCUCCCGGACGACCUCCUUCCGCAACGGCACCCUGGACCUCUUCGUGACCACCAUCCGGGACGACGGGGCCUACACCUGCAUCGCCAUCAACGCGGCCGGGGAGUCGACGGCCACCGUGGACCUCAAGAUCAUCCCGCUGCCCCACCGGGGGAACGGCAACGCCACGGCCCUGCAGCCGGACCCCGGCUCGUCGGACAUCGCCACCUCCGCCAAGGCGGCGGCCAACGCCACCGAGGGGGGCUCCGAGCGGAGGGUGGAGGUCUCCGAGGUGACGGCCUCGUCCGCCCUGGUGCGCUGGGCGCCCGACAAGCCGGCCUUUGCCGCCUGGAUGUACCAGAUCCAGUACAACUGCACGGUGGACGACACCCUGAUUUACAGGAUCAUCCCUGCCAGCAGCCGUCACUUCCGGCUCAAGCACCUGGUGCCCAGCGUGGACUACGACCUCUGCGUCUUGGCCAUUUUUGACGACGCGGCCACCUCCCUGGCCGCCACGCACCUCCUGGGCUGUGCCCAGUUCUCCACGCAGGAGGCCUACCCGGACUGCCGCUCGCUGCACGCCCACUUCCUCGGAGGGACCCUGACGGUGAUUGUGGGCGGCGUCAUCGUGGCCACCCUGCUGGUGUUCACCGUGGUCAUGAUGGUGAAGUACAAGGUGUGCGGCAGUGCCCGGGGGGCGGCCCUGCCCAAGGUCACCCACGUCCACUCCCAGACCAAUGGCAGCGCCCCCUCCAACGGGCUGCUGCUCCCCCGCCAGCGGACGCCCCCCAAGGAGGGCGGCCCGGGGAGGUCGCGGCCAGGGAGGGCCAGGGGGGCCCAGCGCAGGACAGGGACGGGCGGCCUCGGGGCCCCCGCCUGGCCCCCUCCCGCCCCCGCCAAGGCCAAGCGGAGCAGCUCCCUGGACAUGGGCGAGGUCUCCGCCUCCCCCUCGCCCCACGCCUGCUACAGCUACGCCAAGCGCCUCAGCUUCCUCUGGACCAAACGCAGCCAGUCCGUCCACGGGAUGCUGGCACAGUGCACGGCCGCCCACGAAGACGCAGCGGCCAAGAGGAUCGGGCCCUUCCUCAAUGCAGACGAGCUGGAGGAGAGCGUGGUAUAGCCCACAAUGGUUUUCCCUCAGAGGAGCGCAACCCCCCUUCUCCCCCCCCCGGAUUUGGGAGCCUGCGCUGGCACGAAUCAGGGCCAAGUCUGUGCCUGGGUGUCAGGAAUGACGAGGGGUGUGUGUGUGUGUUUGUGUCAAGGAGCAGGAAGGCCUCUCCUCGCUUGGAGGCCACCCAGCGUGACUUGGCUGUGCCACGCGCCUCGGGCAGGCUUGGAAAAGUGUGUCGCCUCGCACGAGGAAACAGUGAGUCCGUGGAAUGACCGCACGGCCUGGCACCAGCCCCCUUUUCUCCGAGAAGGGCUGCCCCCGCUCUGCCCGUCUGGGCUAAGCACCGUGGAGGAUCCUCGCCCAGGAAACGAAGGAAAGGAGAUGGGGUGGCCGAAGGAGCAUCGCUGCAGUGGGAAGAGGAGGAGGAAGGCCACCCUGGCUCCUUAGGGCCAGCUGGUGCCGCCCCCCCCUUUGCUCUGUCUUGUGCACCUGGCAGGGUGUGCCUGGCGGGGCAUCUGGUGGGCCCUGGAAUCGAUUGUGGGGGAGGGAGAAGGGUGUGUGUCUUUGUGUGUUUUUCUUCGAAAAUCCAUUUGCCAAAAAAGAAAGGGAGAAUCCCAUUAGAAGGACACAAGCGCCCUCAAGCCCCUCCCUGCCAGAGCCACCAUUAAGCACAGGAUGGCAGACAAACUGUAUCAAAGACCAAAACAGGGCAGAGAUUUGGAGGUCUGCACCCCCCCCACCCGAGGGAUGGGCAAGGAAGGGGGGCAAAAUCCCACCAGAAGUCAAACCCAGAUUCUGUACCAGUCAAAGCCGGAUUUUUGUGAUGUGUAUAAAUUGGGAACAUUUGCAUA